AUGGAGGGGCUGAGCGCCUCCGCUGCUUUUUGGGAUCACUUGCGCACGUUGUGCCUGAACCAGUUUCCUUGCGGGGUGGGGAGCUGGAACAAAUCCCGCUUCCCUCCUCGCCUGCUUCCCCGACUCCACGGCCUGCCUGCUCCCCGACCGGUCACUUUCCUCCGGCGCGAUGUCCUCCUGUCGCCCAACGAAGAGACAGUGGAAGCCCUGACGACGUUCCUGCGCUGCCCAGAUUCUCCCUGGGCCUUGGCCUCCGACUGCAGCCCUGCCGAGCAGCAGCUGAGGGAGUUGGCCGUGCAGCACCCCCAAAUCGUCCGGACCGGUUUCAUCUGCUGCUACUUCAGGUCUCUCCGGAUCGUGAACAAAGGGGUGACUGAAAUCGAUGUGGGUCUGUUAAAAUUCCCCAAUUUGGAAGAAUUGAUCUUGACGGCCAAUCGUAUCAGCACCAUCCCUGCUGCUAACCUCCCUCCGGGCCUGAAGGUCCUGGAGCUUUGUGGCAAUCAAGUGCAGAGUUUAAAGGACCUGUGCACGUCCCCUCCAGCCAGACUUCAGCAUUUGGGUCUCAGCCACAACUGCCAGCUUGGUUCCUCGGAAGAACAAUAUUUGGCAGCUGUUUUCUGGCCCAACCUUGUCUCACUGGACUUGAGCUACAACAACUUCACCGACCUACUGAGCCUCCUUUCCACGCUUUCCAAUUUGAAAAAACUCCGGAUCCUCAUCCUGCAGGGAAACCCCUUUGCCCUCCUGCCGGGUUACCGAGGUUUUACCAUCGACAGCCUGCCCCACAUCUCCGUCUUCGAUGACGUCAUCAUCACCCCGGAAGAGAGGCACAAUUUCCUCAACCUGUCCACCUUCCCAGAGGCCUUACUGUCGGAUGUCCAACUGAUUGUCACCCUUGGCAAAAUGCGAGGGGUCCCCAACCCAUUUAACCCAGAGGAUGUGGGAAACAGUCCUGACUCCCCGAUCGUAACCUACAGCUAUUACGUGACGUAUGAAUUUGCCAAGGGAGAAAAAAAAGAGAAGGCAGCCAGCAAGCACAGGGGCACAUUGGUUCGAGGAGAUGCAGUGAGCUCGCCCUUAGUGACGGUGGCUGGAGAGACAAUUGAGCCCGGGUCUUCUCAGCUUUCGCCCAAGUCAGACCUGCAGCCCGAGCCAGGGGUAAAUACGCAUUCUACCGCCAAGAAGAGCUGGACAGAGACCAUCGACUGCGAUUACCGAAAAGAGCAUCUCACUAGGGAUCUGGUGGCUCUCAAGGCUUAUCUUCUGGCCGGAACCACCGUCUCGGUUAUUGAGGAAAAGGUGGUCUCCUGGCCUGUGAUUCACACUCCUGAAGAAAAGCCAAGCAAGAAAGGAAAGGGGAAAAAAGGAGAGAAAGGAAAGGCAGAGAAAGGGAAGGAGAAAGAGAAGGAGAAAGGGAAGGAGAAAGACACUGGAAAGGAUGGGAAGAAAAAGAAAAAGAAAUCUCCGUCCCCAGAGCUGCGAAGCGACCCCCCCAUUGUGAAGAUCCUGGGCUCCUUUCACAUCAGUUUGGAAAAGCUGCUAGCAGGGGCCUCGUUAGUGGAGACCCUCUGCGAUUUUGGGGUACAGAUAACCGAGCGGAACGUCACCCCGCCAUCACCCAGAGACAAGGAGAAUAAGAAGGGUGCGAAAAAAGACCCCAAAGCUAAAUCUGGGACUGACAGCGAGAAGUCCAAAAGAACCCCCCCACCGCCAACCCCAUCCCCCGUCAAAGGGAAGGGGCGGAAGAAGGAUUCUGCAGAGGGACCCGAUCUUCAACACAGCCAGCCCCUGCCUUUGACUGUGGAGUUUCAAAUGCAACACAUCAAGUGGGACUCAGCCUCCUCCAUCUUAAAAAGGCUGGAAGCCUCAGAAUAGGUUUGAAAAGAGCAAAAGACUAGGCGGCUCUGGGCGCAGAUUUGGAUGCUGGUCCUAUCUUGAGUGUGAUAUGGCUCUUCGUCGCUUUACUGCAAUGGAUGUAAUCGAUAGAACAUGGCCAGACUUCUUUUGCUCCUCCUUUUAGACCAGAGUGUCUGCUGGCUGGAGAAUUCUGGGAAUUGAAACCCACCCAUUUCACAGCUGGCAAGGUUGGGAAACACUGCAUAAGGGCAAACCUAGAAGUGAACAAGACGUUUUCUGUUGCUCACAUCAACACCCAAAUUUAUGGGCGACUGCAUAGGGACGCUGCAUAAAUUAAAUGAGGAACGUAUGCAGGCGCUCAAACUACAAGCAGAUGUAAUGCACCCGGUUAUAGCGAAACACAAACUUAACUCAGCUAAAGUGGCAUCAUCAGAAAAGUCAAUAAAAUAAUUAAAGAGA